UGUAGGACGGAGUUCUGGAGCACGUCCCGGGGACGGGGGCAGCCGCGGCGGGGGCUGUUCGGCCGAAACGAGCCACAAUCGGAGCCGAGGGGCGGCGGGUUGUACCCCGUCCCCCCCCACAACGCCGCUGCGCCGGGAGCGCCCGUCCCGUGCUCUUCCCUACACCCCCGCUGGUAGGCGGGACAGCGCGCAGGGCGGGGCCAGCCGCCCGCUCCCCCAUUGGGUGGAUUUGGAUCCGCAGCGCCAUUGGUCGGCGCGAGGGCGAGCGCUCCGCAGCCAAUCGCAAAGCGGGCCGGGGCGCGCGGGGAAGCUAUAAAAGGGGGCCGGGCGCAGAGGCGGUACGACGCGCGUGUCUCGUCGGUGUUCGGUGGGUGGCGGCUGCGGAAGAGCGUCGGGUGCUAUGUCUGGCCGCGGGAAGCAGGGCGGGAAGGCGCGGGCCAAGGCCAAGUCGCGCUCGUCGCGGGCCGGGCUGCAGUUCCCCGUGGGCCGCGUGCACCGCCUGCUGCGCAAGGGCAACUACGCGGAGCGGGUGGGCGCCGGCGCGCCGGUGUACCUGGCGGCCGUGCUGGAGUACCUGACGGCCGAGAUCCUGGAGCUGGCGGGCAACGCGGCCCGCGACAACAAGAAGACGCGCAUCAUCCCCCGCCACCUGCAGCUGGCCAUCCGCAACGACGAGGAGCUCAACAAGCUGCUGGGCAAGGUGACGAUCGCGCAGGGCGGGGUGCUGCCCAACAUCCAGGCCGUGCUGCUGCCCAAGAAGACCGAGAGUCAUAAGGCCAAAAGCAAGUGAAGCGGACCUGUGGGAGCGCUCGUAUCUCAAAAGUAACCCAAAGGCUCUUUUUAGAGCCACCCACUUGCUCAUAAAAGGAGCUGCAGAUCCUAAAAAUACCUAAAGACAGCCAAGAGAACCUGUUGUUUUUUCUGUUAAAAAUCAGAUGUUUCUGGUUUUAGCAUUAAAAAAAGCCAAGAAAAAUUGGAUAUUUUUAAAGAAUUUUUUAAACAGUUCAACUUCAAUAUUGCUAAAAAAGCCCAUUAAUUGCUGAUUAAUACGUACUAAAAAUGAGGUUUCUUCCAUAUAGAAGGAAUCGUUUUGCUCCCUGUGGGGUGAGAAGCACACAAAGCCGGAGGCUACUCCAGGAGGGA